AUGAUGCAUGACUUUGGAGUAUCCCACCGACAUACCAUUAUUAUCGACCUGCCUCUCGAGCUCGAUCUGUCUAAUAUCGUACAUGGAAAGCCGGUUGUUGAAUACAACCCACGGGGCCAAACGAGGCUUGGGGUAUUUCCCCGACAUGUUCCUGAGCUCAUACGAUGGUUUACGACAGACCCCUGUGUGGUAAUGCAUACCGUAAACACUUGGGAUGAUAUCACACCCGGUGGAACAUGGGUGAAUGUGCUGCUUUGUCGCAUGAACAGUGUUGCACCAUUCUUCCAUAUGGGCAACAUAGCUGCCCCAGACGCUUUGAAGCAGCCCGAUCCCCAAUGCCGUCUUUAUUACUACGAAUUCCCACCUAGUCAUGAAGGCACAACAUCAAUCUCCCAGCAGUGGGCGCUAUCAGCCAUUCCUUUCGAAUUUCCAUGUGUGCCCAAGCACCUGGAGAUGGACCCAACAAGAUAUGUCUACGGAUGCUCUAUGCGGAAGGGUAAUUUCGCUGCCACUCAUAUCAGCGCCUUCAAGAUUGACUGUCUUGUCAAAGUGGACGUCGAACAUCUUCUCUCACAGGGUAAGACCGAGCGUCUGUCUCCAGUGGAUGGCUGCGUGGAUGAGCGCUCCAUUGAUGAGGUUCUCGCUUCGGACAACCCCGACGACCCUAUUAAGGUGUUUGCCUUUCCCACGGGGUGGUUUGCCCAGGAAUGUUCGUUUGUACCGCGGAAAGAUGGAAAACAUGAAGAUGAUGGCUGGCUUGUUACAUAUGUGUUUGAUGAGUCGCAACUGGAUGAGAAUGGUGAAGCCCCAUCGAACGCACGCAGUGAGCUUUGGGUCAUCGAUGCUGUUGAUAUGAGAGAGGUGGUCUGCCGAGUAGUCCUGCCGCAACGUGUACCAUAUGGGAUGCACGGGAAUUGGUUCUCGGAGGAGCAGAUCGUAAAUCAGCGAGACGUGGAAACGUUUCGCCACGAGUACUAG